AUGAAUGAGAAAAGUUAUGUAAAUGAUAAUUUUAAAAAUAAUGAAAAAAAUAAUUUAUUAAAAGAAAAAAUUAGUAAAGCAUUUAAUAUAAAAAAUUUAACAAGAAAAGAAAAUACCAGUUUUUAUAAAACUAAUAUAAAAAAUAUUGACGAUACUACUGAAUUAGAUAAUGAUUGCAAUAAAGAUAAAGACUUUAAUAAUGAAGAAAAUGAAUAUGAAUCAAAAUAUGACUUAACUAACUCUAAUUCAAGUACUAAUUCUACUACUGCUUUAAAAAGAAUGAAUGAUCAUUCAAAUAAAUAUGAAAAAUCUUCCGAAGAAAAUACCUUUUAUAAGGAAAAUGAUAAGCACAUUGAUGAAAAAGAUAUAAACAGAAAAAAUGAAAAAAAAAACAGAGAGGAAAUAAUGAGUAACAAAAGAAGAGAUGAUAAAUAUGAUAAAAAAAACGAAAAUAAUGAAAACAAAAGUAAUGAAUUAAAUAUAGAAACAAAUAAAGUAAUAGAAGAAGAAAAAAAUAAAGAAAAAAGUGAGGAGGUGGUAAACAAUGAAAUUAAUGAAAAAAAAAAUAGAAAUAAAAGUAAAGAAAAGAUAAAAUCUAACGAGAAUCAUAGUUCUAGUAUAGAACAAUAUAAAAGUAAAAGUAAAGAAAAAAGCAGAAAUAGAAGUAAAGAUAGAUAUAGAAGUAAAAAAAGGCACAGAGAUUUCUCCUCUAGUAGUAAUGAAUUAUAUUCUUCAAAAAGAAAAAAAAGUAUAAAUCGAAGUAAAGAAAGAAGUAGAAAUAGAAGUAAAAAUAGGAGUAAAGAGAAAUACAGAAAUAGAAGCAAAGAAAAAAGUAGAAAUAGAAGCAGAAAUAGAUAUAGAAGUAAAGAAAAGAGUAAAAAUGUAAGUAGUAGUGGCAGUUUAAGUAGUGAAGAAAGACAUUAUUACAAAAUAAAAAAAAAAAUUAAAAAAAAAAAUUUACGAAGUAGUAGUGAUAGAAACUCGAAUAAAAGUUCAAGUGUACAUGAAAAAAAUGAAAGAUCUAUUUCAACUGAAAUGACAAAAAGUAAAGACGCGAAACCCAAAAAAAAAACGAAAUGGGAUACAGUAGAUGAAAGUUUACUAAAAAAUAAUUUAUUAGAUAAUGGAAUGAAUUUGCUUCAAAAGCAAAAUUUAGCAUUAACAAGUACUUUAGCACAAAAUAGUAAAGUUCCUCAAUUAAAUAGAAAUCCAUAUGAAAUGGAAAAUGAUAAGAGACAAAGGAAAUUAUAUAUAGGUAAUAUACCACCAAAUUGCAAACAAGAAGAUGUUAUAGAUUUUUUUAAUGGGGCAAUAUUGGCAGUUAUAAAAGAUACAAGCUUAGAUGUAAAAAUUGGGGAUAUUCAAUUAAUGCCAGUAAUAAAAUGUGAAAUAUUUAAUAUUGAUUCAAGAUUUUGCUUUUUAGAAUUUAGAACAAUAGAAAUUACAUGGUUAUGCUUAAAGUUAGAUUCCAUUUCUUUUAAUAAUUAUUGUUUAAGAAUUGGUAGACCUCAUGAUUAUGUACCACCACCAGAGGGAGAUCCUGCACUGACUGCUGUGUUUCCAGAUAUUGAUAUGAAAAUAUUUGAUAUGUUAAAGCCAACUAAAAAUGUAUAUGUAAAAAGUACUGAUGAUGAUAACAAAUUAUAUAUACAGAAUUUACCACAUGAUUUAAAAGAUGAUCAAAUAAAAGAUUUAUUAGAACAAUUCGGAAAAUUAAAAGCAUUUAACAUUAUAAAAGAUCUAAACACAGGAUUAAAUAAAGGAUAUGGAUUUUUUGAAUAUGAAGAUAGUAGCUGCACUCAAGUUGCUAUUCAUGCUUUAAAUGGUUUUGUAUGUGGGCAAAAUAUUCUUAAUGUGAAAAAAGCUACUUUUAAUAAAAAUCAAAAUAAUCCAUAUUCACAAAAUCCAAAUAACAUAAGUAUAGCCAACAAUGUAGAAGUACCUGUAUCUCUUUUGCCUAAUUCUAUUUCUCAAAAAAUUUUGAGUAAUUCUAUUAUAGGCCUACAAAUUCAAGCAUCUAGAAAAAUUGGGGAAAAACCAUCUAGAGUUAUUCAAUUAACUAAUGCUGUUUUCCAAGAAGAUUUAAUUAUUGAUAGUCAAUAUGAGGAAAUUUUAAGAGAGAUUAAGGAAGAAGCUGAAAAAUAUGGACCAUUACAAAAUAUUGUAAUUCCGAAACCAAAUAAAGAUUUGUCAUUUACUGAAGGAGUAGGAAAGAUUUUUCUUCAUUAUCAAGAUGAAACUACAGCAAGAAAAGCUCAGUACAUGUUCAAUGGAAGAGUUUUUGAAAAAAGAGUAGUAUGUGCUGCUUUUUAUUCAGAAGAAAAAUUCUUGAAAGGAAAGUAUGUCUUAUCAUAG